AUGUCUGAAGAAAAGCACACCCCCGACGCUACCAGUGACGCCCACGCCACGUCGGACGCCGCGGCCCCCUACACCGAUUCCUCCUUCCGCCCCAAGGGUUGGAUCUACAAGGGCUUCAACUUUAAUGGUAGCGAGAUCUGGUAUGCCUCGCCUAAGAUCCAGCUUCUCAUGGUAUCAUUUGUGUGCUUCCUAUGCCCGGGAAUGUUCAAUGCCUUGGGCGGUCUCGGUGGAGGUGGCCAGGUUAACGCCACCGCCCAGGAUCACGCCAAUACUGCCCUUUACAGCACGUUCGCCGUUGUCGGUUUCUUUGCUGGUACCUUCGCCAAUCGACUGGGUCUGCGACUAACCCUCUCUUUUGGUGGGCUCGGAUAUUGCAUCUAUGCUGCCUCUUUCCUCUGCUACUCGCACACUGAGAACAUUGGCUUCGUUGUCUUCGCGGGAGCCCUACUCGGCGUGUGCGCUGGUCUCCUCUGGACCGCCCAAGGUGCAAUCAUGAUGUCCUACCCUCCGGAGGACAGCAAGGGCCGGUACAUUUCGUACUUUUGGAUGAUUUUCAACAUGGGCGCCGUCAUCGGCUCUCUGAUUCCCUUAGGCCAGAACAUCAACAAGGUCUCGGGCCCCGUGACCGAUGGAACAUACGCCGCUUUUAUAGUCCUCAUGUUCUUUGGUGCCGUUCUCGCCCUCUUCCUAUGCGAUGCCGACAAGGUCAUUCGCGCAGAUUCCACCAAAGUCAUCUUGAUGAAGAACCCCUCUUGGAAGACUGAGAUCAUUGGCCUUUGGGAGACCCUUCGAGACUCCCCUUGGAUCCUACUACUCUUCCCCAUGUUCUUUUCAUCCAACAUCUUCUACACCUACCAGAACAAUGGCAUGAACGGAGCCUUCUUCAACGUCCGCACUCGUGCUCUCAACAACACCCUGUACUGGGUUGCCCAGAUCAUUGGCGCGUUCAUUUUCGGCCACGCUCUCGAUUACUCCAAGGUUCGCCGAAGCGUUCGCGCCAAGGCCGCCCUCGGUGUCCUCUUCGUCCUCACCUUUGCCAUUUGGGGUGGUGGCUACGCCUGGCAGAAGCAACAAGUACACCGCGAGGUUGCCAAGGCUGAAGGGUUUGUGACGGUCGACUGGGAAGACGGCAACAAAAAGUUCCUUGGUCCCAUGUUUCUCUACUUCUUCUAUGGCUUCUUUGACGCGGCGUGGCAAACUUGCAUGUACUGGUACAUGGGUGCCCUGUCCAACAACGGGCGCAAGGCUGCCAACUUGGCUGGAUUCUACAAGGGCAUCCAAUCCGCCGGUGCCGCCAUCUUCUGGCGUCUGGAUGGCCUCGGCAAGCCCUACGAUACCAUUUUCGGCGCUACCUGGGGCUGCCUCGCCGCCUCGAUCAUCAUUGGAGCUCCCGUCAUCUUUAUGCGCAUCCAAGACUCUGUCUCUAUUGAAGAGGAUCUUAAGUUUAGUGACGAGACUAUUACAGACGUCAUCGCAGGGGGGGAGCCGAAGAAGGUGGACGCAGAGUCGUAAAGGGACUUGGUUUUGAACCAAUGCAUAUGCGUUGCAGUUUGCGGUGGCUUAAGUAAUGAAAUGGCGGGUUCGACGUGAAUCGGGGAUGACAUAAAGUGAAAUGAAUGAUACCUGGUUGAGAUUCUCAAAUUACGAGUAGUGCAAUUCG